UGUUUUAUCUCGAGUAGAGGAAGAUGGUUCAUGUCCAAGCAAAUCACCUACCUGCAAGCUUCUUGACAUCUCACUAAUUCGAUAUUUUAUUUCUCUUCACUCUUUUCUGAUAUGUAAAAUCAUGCAUAAUAUUUUCAAUGUAGUUGAUGUAUAUACUUUCCAAGGUAGCUGCUGAAAUGAUGAUGAAGUAUUUGUACAUCGUAUUUGAGGCCUAGAUGCGACUUGUAAAUUAGGGCUAUAAUUUUUGAAAUGUGCUUUACAUUACAAAUUAUUUUGUGCAUUAGGUUUUUUGAAAAUUCGAAAAUGUAAGGUGUAUCUGGCUUUAACUUUUUUUAGUAGAAAAAAAAUGUGCGCUUCAUUCAACCAAAGAUAAUGUUCUUACUAUCAGCUUUACAUUUAUUUUUUUAAAGAGGGACGGCCUCUCUGAAUUUCAUUUAACUGAAACCAUAAUAUGUUAUCAGCUCAUAGACUAUGUAGAAUAAAAUGAGGGCUAUGAUCCAGCCAACAUGCUUCUGCGCCACUCACGCACAGUCAUGAGUAUCAACAUUUGCUCUCCUGGUAGCAAAACGAAUAUCAUCAGAAGACUUAAAAAAUGGACUGCUUUGUGUUUCCAUCUUAUCCGCCAUAGACUAGCCAAAUUUGUCGCUGGAUGGGAUGUUUCCACUCAGAGUAAGAGUAUACGAGACAAUAAAACGGAGUGAUAUCUCUGGCGAUUUUCUUGCUCCCUAUCGGUAAACAAAUCAGAUGGAAGCAAUCAUGUUUAUGUAGGGAAGAUAAUCGCGGAGAUUUCCCUAUGUAGGGAAGAUAAUCGCCGAGAUUGCAGGGCAGUUAAGGCCGCGCGUCACAUGCAGGAAGAAAUUCCCGAGUUCAGCGGAAGGGAAGUAUAAAUAAUAAAGCAAGGCUGCUCGCACUACCCCAUUGACGCCCUGCAUAGGUCUCUUUCUUCUCUCUCUGGCCGAUCCUUUGUGGGCACGUUCAUCAGUCAUGGAAGAGAACCUGUAUACGUUGGGGAAACGACGGCAGCCGGGACGGGUUCACCGGUGUAAAGCACCUCAAGGCCGUCCUCUCGGCGACGCUGCGCUACGGCCGCCGUUGCCUCUGCGCUCCACUCGCCAUGUCCGUCGCACCCGCCGAGAUGGAUCUGAAUGAGAUAAAAGAAAAUGCAUGUGCUAUUAAUUUUACUGAAAUGAAGGAAUACAUCAUAUCCUUCCCUAGCAAAACCAAGUUAGUGAAUAUCCAUGACACAACCUUGACACGUCGAGAUUUGGAAUGUCUUUUAGAAGAUGAGAUAUGGGUGGAGAGCGAGGUCAUAAAUGCAUAUAUUUACUGUCUAAGGGUCCAGGAUAAAUUUUGUACAGCGGGUGCACGUGUAUUCUUGGAAACUACAUAUGAUUCAGGAAUACUUAAGCGAGAUGGUGAAAUUCCUAUAAGCCUUGAGAGUCAUCACCACAUCGUUGAAAAGGUGCUUAAGUAUCUACAGCAUGACAUGGUUAGACUAAUUUUCCUACCUAUGGUUCUAUCAUUUGUUAUCAAUUUGUUUACCUAGCCGGGGCAACGACUUGUAUAUUAUGUGUCAGUUGUUCAUUCCAAUCAAUAUGAACCAAACGCAUUGGUAUCUAUCUGUUGUCAAUAUCAAACAACGCGAGAUACAAGUACUCGAUUCUUUUGGUUCUCGAAUGAGCCGAGCUGAUCUACAACUUACGGUAUGAUUUUACUAUAUCUGUACUUGGAAUUCAUGCAUUUAGUUUCACCUAUAUUAUCAUACUCUUUUUUCUAUUUAACAGCUUCAGGGGCUUGAGGCGCAUCUAAAGAUUGCUUCUAAGAUGAAUGGGUUUAACCUAGGUACUUGGCCAGAUAUUGAUGUAACUAGAUGGACUAUAAAAGAGUAUAUUCAAGAUCGAAUUCAAUCUGAUGGGUAUGUUUGAAAUCAUCACAUGAGAAAAUGCGAAAUGAGAGCAGCAGUAACAAUUAUUGAUUAUUAUUCAACAAUUCCUUAUGUUUGCUUAUUACUAAUGUGCCCAAU